AUGAUGGGGGACUUUGUAAGGACGUCCACAUAUCGGGACGCCAUGCUCAAGAACCACGCCGACUUCAAGGACAAGGUUGUGCUUGAUGUGGGCGCCGGCAGCGGUCUGCUGUCGUUCUUCGCAGCACAGGCGGGAGCACGCAAGGUGUAUGCGGUGGAAGGGAGCCACAUGGCGGAGUGUGCGCGCGCGCUCGUCAAGGGGAACAACCUCGAACACGUCAUCACCGUCCUGCAGUGCAAAGUCGAAGACGCGGACCUGCCGGAGCCUGUGGAUGUCAUCAUCUCUGAACCCCUGGGAAUCAUGCUCGUCAACGAGCGCAUGCUCGAGAGCUACGUUCACGCCCGCAAGUGGCUGAAACCCGGCGGCAAGAUGUUCCCGACCAACUCCACGCUGUUCAUCUGCCCGUUUUCCGACGCCAACGUCUUCCUCGAGACGCAGCAGAAGGCGCAGUUUUGGCAGACGAAGCAGUUCCACGGGAUUGACCUGACGCCGCUGCACGCCGCCGCCCUCGACGAGUACCUCAGCCAGCCGUGCGUCGAGCAGGUGAGCAACACACAUGAGGUGGAAAGACAUCAUCAUCAAUUCGCUCUCUCGCUCACACACACACACACACCAUACAAACGCACGCACCAUACCAUACAAACGCACGUGUUCCCUGGUGCUAUCCACGGGCUUGCGUCGUGGUUUGACAACAUGUUUGAGGGCACUUCGUUCCAGGUGCCGCUGUCCACGUCUCCGUAUGCGCCCCUCACCCACUGGUACCAGGUGCGCUGCCUGUUGCGGGAGAGCGUGCUUGUGCAGCCGGGCGACACGCUGCGCGGGAAGCUCGCCAUGCGCACCAACCGCUUCCAGAGCUACGACGUGCACAUUGCCGUGCAGACCUCCACCCAGCAGUCCGAGGGGCACAUCAACCUCAAGGAGCCCAACUUCCGCUUCGGGCAGUUCUCCAGCGUCCCGCACGCGUUCCCCGUCGGCGACGAUGUGCACGAGCAGCAGGCAGACCAGCACCAGCAGCAGGCGAUCAAGGAAGGAGAGGAUAGCAGCAAGGCCAUGGUCACUGGAGAGUGA